ACGAAUAUAUAGCCUUGAGCUUUUGGAUGUGCACUGAGCGAGAUCUUUGAAUCUGUAUAUAUCGAUUCAAUUCAGAAUAUACGGGAAGCAUGCAGGUCCCGGAUUUCAGCUUUACCUCAAAUCUCCUCGUUGUGUAGCUGUUUCUUCUUGGCCCAGAUGAAGUGAUUUCGAUCGGAAUCUUCAACGACUCUUCACAAGAUUCGACUUCUCAUUCAUAGUCCAAGUGCAAUCACAGCGAUACCCUCCGCUCUCCAAUUGCAAGGCUUCGCGUUUCCUCCACACUCACAACGGAGCCCGUACCAGUUUCGCAAGUCGAUAUGGAUGCACCGCCUCCUCAAGAAAUGACCGUGAAGGAGCUCAUCAAAAGGCGAAAAGAAGAGAAGGGUCCGAUAUUUGCAUGCUGCUUCGCAACCUGUUGCUGCUUCCUCUGUUACGAGAAGCUCGAAUUUCUACUGGACUUUGUGUGUUGCAAGACUUGCCCUUGAGGAUUCGUCGCUUGAGUAGGGGCCGAGCUCGGACCGAAACGAAGGAGACAUUGAGGGGGUUUGUACGCUGCGGUGCAAAGACCACCCGUUCCUUCCGUCCUCCAUUCCAAUCACGAGUGAUAUCAGUGUCAAAGUAGUCAUCAAGUUCCCAAGACUACCCGUGACCGAGAUGGACUUACUUUAUCUCUUCUGGGAGCCGCUUUGAAUUGUCACGUCGUUGGCUGAUAUCUGUCACGGGCCAUUGUCUACUCCUCCUCCUUAGUUUGUUUCUUAUUCAAUUCAUGACAUCAAGAAGACCGUCACUGUUAAUGGUGGCCAUUCGCGACGCAGACAUGAGAUCCAGAAUUGUAUCCCUACGCAACUGUGCAGCAUGCGUACCAUGCGACAUAUGUGAGAAAAAUAUACUAUGCAGAUCGAGAUAAAAAUUGGUGAUGUUGAUGUUGAUCCUUGAUUUUCAUUUGAAGAUUUUCUUGUGAAGAAAUGUUAUAAACUUGAAGUAUGAGUACUUUUCAGUAUCAGUUGAAAAUGAGCCAAACUCUCUCGUUGAUGCUCAUAAUAAAGGAAUUGAUGUUAUUUCAAACCUGAGGCUGAUUUCAUUGUCGAACACCUGAUAACGACACUUCUCGGAAUAAGGCAGACGCCAGAAUCCCAAAGACUUCUUCGAAACAACGACACAUGUAAUCUAGACAAAUUUCUGCUUUAUUGUGAGAAUUAUCCAACUAGAUCCAGCAUCAGGGUAUGCGGCCCGAACACAAAAUUUUCAAAGUCAGUACCAUUGCCUUCAGAUUCUAGAUUUCAC